AUGCCGAAAAUCAAGGUAUUUGGUGGAUCAUCUCAUCCGAUAAUCGAGAAACAAGUGUGGAAAUCAAUGAAUCUGUACGUGGUGAAGAUGUUUUUUAUUGUUCAAAGUGGCUGUGGGGAAAUCAAUGCUAAUCUUAUGAAAUUAUUGAUUAUGAUCAAUGCAUGUAAAAUAGCUUCAGCAUCACGAGUCACUGCCGUUCCAUAUUUUCCUUAUGCACGACAAGAUCGAAAAGAUAAAGUAAGAGAAUUGAAACGGACGUUGAGUGUUGCUGGUGCUGACCAUAUCAUCACGAUGGAUUUACAUGCAUCACAAAUUCAUGUAAAGAAAACAACACGAAUGCUGGUUGGUGAUGUCACCGAUCGUACUGCUAUUCUCGUUGGCGACAUAGCUGAUACAUGCGGAGCACUUGAAUGUGCAUCACAAAAAUUAUUGAGUGCAGGUGCAAGUAAAAUUUACGCAAUUUGCAGUCAUGGAAUAUCUAGUGGCCCGACUAUAGAAAGGAUUAAUAAAUCUCCAUUCGAUGUCGUGGUUGUGAUGAACACGAUUUCACAAGAAGAAAAUAUGAAAAAUUCGAGUAAAAUUCAGUUGGAUAUCGAUCGUUUAGAUAAAUUCGUUUAG